UCCAAGAGACACCCCAAUAAUAAUAUGCACAUGGUGAAAAUGGCGGGUAUCGUUGAUUUCAGGAACUACGCUGAUAUCGUCGUUCUUGCCGUUUUAGCCACGAUCGUGAUCGCUUAUAUGAGUUAUGUGUACUCUCUGUGGUAGAAGAAGUAUUCAGGCUGUAGUGCAGGAGCGGUAUACUUUGUGUAUUGCGUUGGAUUUAUAAUUUGAGGUCGCAAAAUAUUGGUUGCCCCUCCCUCCAGAUAACUGAGUAGCUGUCAAAACUUAAUCAAAACUGCAAACAAGAGUUGAAAUCAUGGCGACUCAGGAUGAGGAGACGUGGGAUGAUGAUGAGAACACCAUCAAGUUCCUGGUUGCCUCUGAUGUUCACCUGGGCUAUGCUGAGAAGGAUGCCAAGAGAGGCCAUGACUCCUUGGUUGCAUUUGAAGAAGUCUUGCAGAUUGCCAAGAAGGAGCAGGUUGACUUCUUGCUGCUAGGUGGCGAUCUGUUCCACGAGAACAAGCCGUCCCGUAAGAUCCUGCACGGCUGCAUGUGUCUGCUGAGGCAGUACUGCAUGGGAGAUCGGCCGUGUCAGCUCGAGUUCCUCAGCGACCAGUCUGUCAACUUUGGCCACAGCAGGUUUCCGUUUGUCAACUAUGAAGACCCAAACCUGAACAUCUCCCUCCCAGUCUUCUCCAUCCAUGGUAACCAUGACGACCCUGCUGGGUCAGGGAACCUGUGUGCGUUGGACAUCCUCAGUGCCGCAGGACUAGUCAACCACUUCGGGCAGCACCCGAGCCUGGAGCAGGUGGAGAUGACUCCCAUGCUCCUCCAGAAGGGCAGGACGAAGCUGGCGCUGUACGGGCUGGGGUCCAUCCGCGACGAGCGGCUCCACAGGAUGUUCGUCAGGAAGUCCGUCACGAUGCUGCGGCCGCGGGAGAACCAGGACGAGUGGGUCAACGUCCUGACCUUUCACCAGAACAGGGUAAAGCAUGGAGAGAAGAACUACAUUCCUGAACAGUUCCUGGACAGUUUCCUGGACCUGGUGGUGUGGGGACACGAGCACGACGCUCGCGGUCUGGAGAGGAACGACGUGCAGGACUUUAUCGUGCUUCAGCCGGGAAGCACCGUGGCCACAUCCCUCGCUGAGGGGGAGACAUUACCCAAAAAAGCCUUCCUAGUCCGAGUGAAGCCGUCCAGGAAGAUGAAGUUCGAGGCAAUCCCCCUGCAGACCGUGCGCCAGUUCUACCUAAAGGAUAUCGUUCUCUCAGACACGACCCUCGACCCCAACGACCCCGAAGCCGCAGAAAAAAUAGCAGCAUUCUGCCAGGAAAAGGUAGAAGAGUUGCUGUGUAGGGCAGAAGAAGAACACACGGGGAACAAAAGACAACCUAAGGAGCCGCUCAUCAGACUUAAGAUUGAGUACAGUGGAGGUUUCCCGAUGUUUAACACAAACAGAUUUGGUCAGGUCUUCACGGACAGGGUCGCCAACCCCCGUGAGAUCAUCCACUUCUACAGGAAGAAGGUUUAUGAGAAGAAAGGUGGUGGUGGGAAGGAAAAGUGGGAUGAUGAGGACCUGACCACAAUGAUCCCACGGGAGGCUCUGGACAUGUCUCGGGUGGAAGACCUGGUCAAACGCUUCUUCCAAGAGGCUGAGCAGAACGGGCGCAUGUCCCUGCUAACAGAGAAGGGGAUGGGUGAGGCUGUGAAGGAGUUUGUGGAUAAGGAGGAGAAGGACUCCAUCCAGGAGCUGGUGAAGUGGCAGGUGGAGAAGAUGCAAAAACACCUGAAGGACAGGAAGGCAGGGGAGGACAAGAUAGAGGAGGAGAUCCACCAGUUCCGCCAGGCGUACCAGCAGCAUGCAGAGGAGGAGGAUGCAGACAUCCAGCUCGCCUUCGAACGGUCGCGUUCCAAACGCCCAGCUGAUGACGACCGCUCGGACAUCAUGGACGAUGAUGAUGAUGACGACCUUAGUGAUGAGGAUCGGCCAGCGCCGACGCGUGGGCGUGGCAGGGGGCGUGGCAGAGGGCGUGGCAGGGGAGCUACCACUGCAUCCAGAGGGAGGGGCAGCAGGGGUGGCCGAGGAGGCAGGGGGAAGAAAAGUGUGGUCACCAGUGGGUCUAUUGUGGAUGCAAUGCAAAAUAGUUCAAGAUUUUCCCAGAGGUCUUCAGCCAAGCCAGCUGCUAGGCCUUCAUAUAUGGAGAUGUCAGACAGUGAUGAAGAAGACAGCGGUAGAGGUUUUAAUGCUCCCUCAUCUUCAAGAAGCAAACAAAAUACCAAGCCCAGAGGUGGAGUCUCACAGAAAAAGGGAAGAGGUAUUGCCUAUGAUUCUGAGGACUCUGACGAAGAUCCUUUCACCAUGCCAAGUGCAAAGAAGUCACGCCGCUAACUGCUGCUGAACAACAUAUACCAAGCCUGAUAACCAUUUUGAUACAAUGUUAGGUUAAAAGAAAUGUAUGCACAAAUUUUAUAUAUGAUUUGUUGACUUAGAUGCUGGCCCGACAUGGAACAGUAGUUGGUAGGAGAUAGUACGGUAGAAAGAAAGCACUUUACAUGGAUUAUAUAAAGCUAAUGUAUUUUGCUUGUUAUUAUCACGGAAAAGAUGUACAAGUACAAUGCAUGUACUUGUACAAGACAAUGGCAGUGAUUUUAUACAAGAGCACUUCCUGUAGUACCAGUCAUUUGUAUGUAAACAUGAAUAUUGUUGUUUCGUGUUACAAAAUGGACAUGAUUCUGUUUGUACAAACAGUUAUGCUACAAAAUGUGCUAAACCAUGUACUGAUACUAAUUGUAGUUUAUCUGUUACAGGUUUAAUUAUAUUAAUUUCUGAUCAAACUGUGUGAUGUCAAUUUUUUUAUGACAAGUUGGGUAGAUAGUAUUGAAGACUGGAGUGUGCUUGUGUGUGGGUGCAAGUUUUCAUUUGUGGGAUACUAAAUUACAAGAUACACUGGGUAUUCAUAAUUUAUCUUUAUUGAACAAAAUAAGUCAUGAAUUGCACAAUCAAGUACA